GUCCCGUGUGGACUGCAUUGGCAAUGAGCAAAGAACACUGCAGGGUGCUUGGAUUCCCACAUAUGCUACCUCUCUUCAGUGGACUUUAGAGCUCUGCAUCCCACUGCUGUCCUUUGCACUUACAACUUUUUCUGCAUUUGCCACUUUUCCACUGCUGGAGUCCUUAAUUCAACUCACUGACUUUCUUGGAGGUGAAGGCUGAGCUGAGUUUCUGAUUAAAUUACGCAAUCUUUCCACUUAAAAGAUCCUUUGCUUGGGUUUUUAUGUGCGUGCCUUAUUUCUAAAUUGUAUAAAAUAGUGAGUCAAACCCAAAACUCCCUCAAAAGGGACCCCUGAUUGCAUAAUCUGAAUUCUCUGUGUUCUGUCCCCUAUCACAUGGUGCUGGAAAGGUCACAUGGAGAGGCGGAGAGUUAGCUGUACAGAGAGGAGCUGCCAUACUGUUCCUGUAAACUGAAUGUGUGCUUCUGAUGGCAUUUGUAACGGAGCAACAGAUCCAGAAGUUCCAUGAAGAUGGCUUCCUUGUCCUGGAAGAGUUUUUCACCACAGAAGAAUGUGAUGCUAUGAGGAAGCAGAUCCACAAGAUCAUAGCUGAUAUGGAAGUACCAUCCCACUGUCGCACAGUGUUCUCCACAAAAGAGGAGGAGCAGCUCCAGGCUCAGGGCAGCACGGAUUAUUUUCUAACCAGUGGAGACAAGAUCCGAUUCUUCUUUGAGAGAGGAGUUUUUGAUAAGAAAGGUGAAUUUCUUGUUCCAAAGGAGAAAUCUAUAAACAAGAUUGGCCAUGCUUUACAUGCAUAUGAUCCCAUCUUCAAGCAAAUGACUCAUUCCUCCAAAGUGCAGGAGUUAGGAAGAAAGCUGAGCCUUGAGAAACCAGUGGUUGUACAGAGCAUGUACAUCUUCAAGCAACCGGGCAUUGGUGGGGAAGUGACACCACACCAGGAUGCCACAUUCCUGUACACAGAACCCCUGGGCAGGGUGCUGGGCCUCUGGAUUGCUUUGGAGGAUGCCACACAAGAGAAUGGCUGCUUAUGGUUCAUCCCUGGUUCUCACACCGGUGGUGUCACACGGCGAAUGGUACGAGCCCCGCCAGGCUCUACACCAUGUGUACAGUUCCUUGGUUCUGAGCAGCCUUAUGAAGACAGCCAGUUUAUUCCUGUGCCCAUCAGCAAAGGUGGACUGAUUCUUAUCCAUGGAGAAGUUGUCCAUAGAAGUGAGCUGAACAGCUCCAAUUCAUCCCGCCAUGUAUACACCUUUCAUCUGAUGGAGGCCAAGGACACCAUCUGGAGUAGAGAGAACUGGCUCCAGCCAACUCCUGAGCUGCCUUUUCCAUCUCUUUACCUCUGAAGCUAAGGAGUAUUGUUUUCCUGACUAUGCCUUGACACUGCAAACAAAAGCAUGCUGUGUUGAUAUGUACAGCUGGGAAACCUUAGAUCUUUGUCACACAGGAGUCAAAUAGUUAAUUGGAAAUAGUCCUGUUUCUCUUAGAUUACCUGUGCCUGUUCUCUUCAAUUUUCCUUUGAGAAAUGAGACAAUGUUUGUUUGCCUUCUAUCCAGGAAUGAGUUCAGCCUUUAUGCACUUCAGGAGGAUUUUCACCCAGGGCUGACUAAUGCUGAUAUUAUUCAGCACAUGCUCUGUUACAGUGGGCACAUCUACACAUGCAGUAAUGUGCCAUAAUCGGCACAACUAUGUAGUAGCUCCAGCACACGUCUUUCAGAUGAUGCUAAUGCACAGUAGAUUAAUUCUACUGUCCAUUAGCACAGCUUUCACUGUGAUGUGCUAGCGUGCAGUAGAAUUAGUCUACUGUACUUCUAGCGUCUCAUGUAGACAUGUCCCUACUAACUCUAAGAACAGUCAUUUAAGCCCUUGUUGAUGGGGAAUAUCUCCCUGGUCAUGUGAACAGAUCAUUGCAAGACCACUUUACUUCAACUGAGACCUGCUGAGAGGCACUUUUUUUUAGGAGACAUAAAGUCUCACCAUUUUCCUUUUGUACAAGCCAAGAGAAUUUCAGUUUUACUUAGGCCACAGCCAUCUGGUAUAACAGGAAUAGAAAUGAUAGGUUAUGGUUGUCUCCUAAAGAGAAAAAGCUUGGCUUACUUCAACACUAAUAUUAAAAAAAAUCUUAUGGUGACAUGAGCAAGAGGGGAGCCUACAGUCUUUAUUUUCUUUUCAUAUCCUUAGUUUAAGUUGAUCAAAAAGGUAAGAUUUCAGUUUUUCCUUCAGCGUGUACAUUUCCAAGAACAGAGCAAUGUUGGGUGAGACAGGAAUGUUGAAAUCAAGUGUGGAUUAUCCAGGAAGAUUACUUUUUUUUUCCCCAAACAAUACAAAACUUGUGACUAAGCAUAAUAUAACCACAAGUUCUCCACCCUGUUUUCUCUGAAAAGGACAGUAUACCAAACCACCUCAGCUUUUUAAUUCAAAACAUAUAAUGGCAGAGUUCCACAACAGUUAUGCUAUUAAAAUUUUAAUGGGCAGGAUAAAUACUAGCAAAGAGCUUAUUGCAACAAUUAUUGAACUUUCUAGGAUACAUCAGUAAAGCAGUUCUUGUAACUGAAUAUUCUAAAUAAGCCCAUUUAAAACAGUGGGACAGAGAAUGUUUAUGCUUAACCCUUCAUGAGAACUACUACUGAUCAGCUAAACUGCAAUUUCUUUCAAUAAGUCUGAUUACCAAAUAAAGAGACACAACACUCUUAA